GGAUUCAUUCUAUGAAUAAACCUCUGUAUCUCUCUCUCUCUAAGAAAGAAGAAGAAGAAUCAUGGAGGGAGAUAUCACAGCAAUCAUGGGGAUGGUUAUAUUGCAAGUUUGCUACGCUGGUUUAAGCAUUACCUCAAAGCUAGCCAUGCAAUCAGGAAUGAACCCUCUUGUUCUUCUCACUUACAGGCAAUUUUUUGGCACUUUGGCCAUUGCUCCCUUUGCUUUCUUUACUGAAAGGAAAACAAGGCCAAAGAUCACUUUCCCUGUUCUUGUUCAAAUCUUUAUCUGUUCUUUAUCUGGAGCCACAGCGAACCAGAUAUUCUUCUUUGUUGGGUUGAAAUGCACAAACCCAACCGUUUCAAGUGCUAUGGCUAAUGUUCUUCCUGCUGCUACUUUUAUUCUUGCUGUUGUUUUCAGACAAGAGAGUGUGAGAAUCAAGACCAAGCCUGGUCUUGCAAAGGUGAUGGGAACAAUUGUGUGUAUAUGUGGAGCAAUGCUGCUAUCUUUCUACCAUGGACACACCAUUGGCUUAGGUGAAUCAAAAAUUCACUGGCCUUAUGUCGAGAGGAUCAUGAGCAAAACAAACCCGACGAACCGUCAAGAAAACCGAACCCUCGGCUCGGUUUUGUUGCUUUGCAGCUCGUUCUCUUGGGCGUUAUGGUUCGUCAUUCAAGCAAGAUUGAGUGUCAAGUUCAAAGCUCCUUAUACAAGUACAACGUUGUUGUGCUUCAUGGCCUUUUUCCAAUGUGGACUCAUAGCUGUAAUUUCCGAGCACAACGUCGCUUCUUGGUCAUUGAAAAGUCCGAUCCGACUCAUCUCGGCCCUUUACACGGGAAUUGUGUGUUCGGGAUUGACAUUUAGCAUCACUUCUUGGAUUAUACAAAGGAAAGGGCCUCUCUAUGUCUCAAUUUUCACCCCAUUGUUGCUUAUCAUUGUGGCCAUCUUUAGCUGGGCUCUCCUCCACGAACAACUCUACGUUGGAACUGUUCUUGGCUCGAUUUUGAUAAUCAUUGGGCUAUAUGGAGUGCUAUGGGGAAAGUCCAAAGAGAUGAAAGUAGAAGAGGAAGACAAGGUGGAAAAGGCAACAAAUGGGAGUCAAAAAGAUGACGUGGAAUUGCAAAUGAAAUGAUUUGGAAGAUUUUUUUUUUUUUUUUUAAUUUUAAGUUUGUGUAUAAGUUUCUCUUUUGCAAAUUUAAUUCUUAUGUACAAUACGUUCUCGAAGAAUUUAUAUGGAAUUUACGAAUAUGAUAGAGCGUAGUCGAGUGAAUAAGACGUUUAUUAUCAUUUUGAAA